AUGGCGGGCAAUUCCAAUAGCUAUUUUCCUCCGCUGGAUCAGUGUCUUGCUGGAAAUGCGACUCUCAUCUCAUGGCGAACAGCAUACCGGGCCCUCUGCGAUGAGUCGGCCGCGGUGGACAAUACACAACUCCAACACUUCCUCUCCGACGACGAGACACGGUCCCUGCUGGCCGUCGCCCUCAAUCCCUUCAUCAAACCCUCGACACAAACGGCCACCGAAUUCUCCACCAAGACGGCCCCGAUCCAUGUCGCGCAAACAAGCAAUGUCGACUACAACCUGGAGGAGCUCAAGGUGGAUGCGCAAUGGUUGUCGCGAGAGGUGCAAGUGGAGGAAUUGACUGCUCUGCGAAUGGCCAUUGUUGAGUGGCAGGAACGACCGGCAGAUCAAUUGUUGAAUACGGCGGGGAAUGGGCUGUCUCUGUCAUUACCCACCACCGCCGAGCUUGCGCGAAGCGAUGCUUUCAAUUUCUCUGCGUCCACAGCCAGGGGCAUCUCCAGACCUGCUCUGGACUUUGCCAAGGAGGAUGUGCGACGGCGACGUCUGUUGAAUGUGUACUUGAGCGAAAAGAGCCAUUUGAUGAAGCUGAGCGCGCAUCUGAUGGGCCGCAUUGCCCUCGCCAAGGCUGAUAUCCAAGGACGGAACAUUGGGUUGUUGGAGAGCAAUGCCAGACGGAAUUGGAUCGAUGAGGCAGCAGCCAUUAUCGCAGACGCCAUGUGUCCACCGAGACGCAUUACCGAAGCCGAAGCAUUUUGUGUUAGAUGUGUGGACAGGGUGGAGGCCGCCAUAGCAGGUGCUUCCGACUCCAGCACAUGGCCAAAGAUCUUCACCGAGGACGACGACAAGGCGCAGAUAUACAUUGCCUCUCAGUUUGGCGAGAUUGUCAGUGCGUUGAGUUUGAUGCUCUCGACCCUGCAUACCCUCGAUGGAGUACCGAGCGCGACCACGGUUCAGUCAUGGUUCACGGUCAUGGACAAGUACUCCUUUCUACAAGGAGACUUUCCUCUAUUCGGAGACAUGUCCAUUCCUCAAGCGCUCGUAUCUGUCAUAUCAGUCGACAUGUUGAAGCUACAGCUGGUCACAGCAGAGUUGAUGAAUGCGGCAGGUGCGGAUACCGAACCUCUGGGUGGAAACUUCUACAUUAAGAAUGAAGCGUGCUUGACCUGCGUCAAUCUCACACUCUAUCGAGCGGCCCAGAUGGAGCUCAGCAUCGCAGCGCCCGCCAUCUACGCCUGGAGUAUCAUCACGUCCAUCAUUCAGGACAUUGCAUCAAUCCACAAAGAGGUCCGCGAGCGAAGACAUGACCAAGGUGAUGAAGAGCUGGACAACCUUGUGCGCUCGUCUCGACGUGGAUCAGUAGACUGGCAAUCAGAGUUCGAAAGAAUGCUCGCUUGGCUGAAGGAUCGCGAGUUGGAGGAGAACAGAGACAACCCACAGCUGUACUUUCUCAGUUCCGCCGUCAAUCGUAUGCGAGCCUUUGCUGUCAUUGCAGGUCYGAGCAAUCUCGCAAACACCUUCUUCAGCUCAGCAUCCGAGUCAGCCAUAGGGUUUGCCAUGAAAGAGACUCUUCUGGAUCUCCUCAGGGAAGGCUUGCCAUUUGUGCAGUAUGGCGGGGAACUUCUUGAAGUCAUUCUUUCACUUAUAGAGCAACCUGCAGACUCCACGACACCCUCUUCCCGAAGACAUGCUCGUGCCCUGGCGAGCAAAUUCUUAUCCGACAAUGACUUGUUUCGGACUCAUAUUUUGGAUCAAGCGCUUGCACGCUAUCCAUAUGAGCUCUCACCACUGCUACGUCUACUCACUGCCGUGUCGAGUGCGGGCGGACAGAUCGGUAAUGCAAGUGGCGCGAUGCAGGCCAAGCAAAUUCUUGACAACCUACAGUCUUUUACUCAAAUGGUCCCGGAUAGUUUCCGAUCGUACGAGCUAGAGCAUGAAGAUGACAAUGCAAACCGAAUGCAGCUCACCGCCGCUCUGCCGAUAUUCGCUACAAGACUAGCCCUCCUCUCGCUGAAUCCAUCACGCCGUGCAAUCACCAUGGGCGAGCCUGGCAACGAGCAGCGAGGCGUCUGGGAGAUUCCCAACAACACACGUGGUGUGCUUGUGGGUGAGCGGAGCCCGUGUGUGAUCAAGCUUCAGCACGAACACUCAGGCUUGGAGUAUUUGGGCCUGUUGCUAUCCACCUUUACGGCAUCCAGUGAAUUGCUGCCCGUGGGUCCCGGCGCCGAACUGGAUCGUGUUACAGCUGCGGAGACUAUUGGUCUAUUCACGGCCAUGCUUGAAGCUGUGCAAGAGCAAGACCCAUCUUCGAAUGACGCCAAACACCUCCUGGGACGUCUCAGUAAUGCUUUGCAGGACGGACAUGACCUCGUCUCUGUCGUAGGCGAGGUCUUUGAGACGGAGUUGCUGGCUCAUCUCGAACAAGUCGCUCAGCCGGGCUCACUAGAUUUGGUUGUAUCUUGCGCCAACUUCAUGUGUGUGCUGGUCACCAUAGCGCCCGAACGAGCCUGGUCUAUGCUCGCGCGUAGCAGUCUUCUCGGUGUUGUCGACGGCGCAUCUUCAUUAGCUGCGGUUGUUGGUGGUGCCGAAGUGCAACUCGGACAAUACCGCUUCCUCGCGGCGUGUGUCAAGCUGCAUUCCUUGCUUUUGGAAGACAGCAUCGCGGGGCUUGUGCAGAGAAAGAGCCAACCUGCAAGACCUGCACAUCGCUUUGCAUCGCAAGUCGAAUCUUCGCAUUCCACCUCUGAGCGAACAACUAGCGCCGUGUUGAGUUCCUACCAGAAGAUCCUAGUCGAUGCAUUACAGAGCCUGCCCGACUGGAAGUUCCAAAACGCCUGCGAGCGAUGUAACAUUAUCAUUGGCAUAUUUGAUGGCUUCAGCCGGUUGUUGAAGAGCACGUACGGUAUCGAUCACGGCAAGGAGCCUACGAAACGACUGACCAACGUGUUUGCACCAGCAGCAGCAACUUUACUUGACACUUGGGUGCCACAAGGAGGCAGCAGUCCACUGGUGAACAUCUUCAGUCGACUCUUGCCGGACGCCCUACCCGUGGCGGGUGAUGAUGUACUGGUGGAGUUGCGUGCGCUGCUUAUUGCCCAGACCAACACUCUCUUCACCUUUUCGACUCUUCUCGUUCGAUCGGCCAAGGGUGGUGUAGACAUUCUCGUCACCAAAGAAGAUUCGAAUCAGAUGAAAGGUGUGGUGCAAAAAAGUCUUGACACGGAUAGGCAGACAAUGGGAGCAAAAAGGGCGAAGACACUUUGUUCAGAUCUCUUGCAGAGCAUGCCAGCUCUUGCGUCCCUUCUGGCAAGCGAUCAUGCGUUCAAGGCAGAUCUAUUCCCUCUGCUCGGCGAGCUGGUACAGACUGUAGGCUGUGGAGAGGAAGAUCCGCCAUCUGUGCUGGCGCAAUUCGAUCCCGAAGCGUCAAAGUCUCUCCUCAAAGUUAUUACACAGCUAGAUCGUCCGCUGUGCGAUGUAGCCGUCGAGCGCCAUAUUUGGGACUUCUUGUCUAUCGUCAUGGGCAGCAGGCAGCAGUGGUUUGCGAUAUACCUACUCACCGGUGCACUACCAAAAGUGAGGGGACACCGUGGAGAGGCAGAGGCCAUCAAAGGAAAGCCGAUUCUCAGCUACGCGUUAGAUCAGCUCUCGACAAUAUCAACACUACCGCCCCACCGCGCAGUUGGCAUGCUCAAGUUUGUCGCUGUAGCUCAGCAGACAUGGGUAUGGGCGACCAACGAAUUGCGGUCGCACGCCGACUUUCUCAAGAGCACGCUGGCUUGGCUCAACUCGUUGACUGCCGCACCACGACAUCCACCAUCCGCAGCAGCUUUGAUCAGUGCGAGGGAGUGCGAGAUGGCUGCAUAUCUAUGUGAGAUCCUCGCCAUCAACCUGCACGCCAGUCUUGAGAUUGGUGACAAUUCCGUGUUGAAGCUCCUCGUGCCAAAACUUGACUUUCUCCGAAAGCAUGGCGUCACAGUGGAUGCUUACAACCGCUCGCUCCAUGCCAAUCUCGCCGACAAUCUCAAAGCCAAGUUCCCUCAAAGCGAUCUCUCCGACUUCAAGCGCACAGAAGCCAACCCCGCUCCCUUUGGUCUCGACUAUUUCUACGAUCGGGAACUUGCCGCCAGCGUCCUCGGCCAUGAUUCUUGCUGGGUUGGCGAAGAUCCCACACGCUCGGCUGGCUAUGCAGAUGAGUUCUCCCGCGCCAACGCAAAUCUGAGCCUCCUUCAUGCGCAGACCGCCCUGUUGAAGAGCUGGAAGACUCUAGCGACGACYCUCUGCGAUUGUGCGGAUCAGGAUCCGAGUCUGCAGAAUGAGCUGGCUCUAGUCGCACAGGAAUGCCUCUUGUCCAACGCCAGCCCUCAAGUCAACGAGCCGGGCGUAGCAGAUGUGCUACAGCUCCGCGUCGAGCUUGCAUUCAUCAUCACAUCCAAACUCGUUGCGCUACGCUGCAAAGCCGAUGCCAUCAAGACUCUUCUCGCGGCUGCAUGGGAGCUUGUUCGAACUUCCCCCGUCGACUACGAUGUUGCAACCGCCGCCGAAGAUGUGCGAUACUAUCGCCAAUUACUGCAAGUCCUUUACCUGGCCAUCCAACCCCACAACUAUAUUUCCCGAGCCACAAUCUCCUCGGAGGAACCACAUAUGGAUUACCUCCCUCCAGCAACUUCUUCAUGCAUGGUCGCGAUUGUCAAUCACGUCAUAACUCCUGGCUUCCGCGCUUUGUGUGGGAAUCUCCAUCAUGAUAUUGAGUUGGCUCUGCCCGCGGACUUUGCCCUACUCACAGCGCUCCUACAAGCUAUCAUUGCAGUGCCAGGUAUCAACUCAGUCUCCACGCUCCUCUCGGACAUGAUUGCAAGUUCCUCCGUCGUUCGCGGCGCUUUGAGUUUGUACUCAUGGUCUGAUCAACUCGGAGAAGACCCAAUAUACGGGGAAAUCGCCGUCACAUUCCUCUUGGCACUCUCACAAAUCCGACCUGUUGCUGUGCAGAUGGCACUCGAAGGAAUCCUCACUCAACUCGCGAGCGCCAAUCUGUCGAACUACUUCCGGAAACCCGGCGGUAAAGGACCUUUUGACUCCCCGGUGAGAAUGUAUAGUAUCUGGACCGAAGGAUUCCUACCGUUGUGUUUGAACUUGCUGGAUACGGUUGGUCCACCCAUCGCAGCUGAAGUUGCGACGUUUCUCAAUUCCUUCACGGAACAAUUGAGGAGAGCUGAGAAGGCGUUGGUCAAUGAAGUUCCUAGUUCGAGGAAUCCUCAUGCUGGAGCGGUCACGUUGGGUAUGGUGAAGGAGGCGAAUGUGCUGUGUUUGUUGGGGAGGGUCUUGGGGAGUGAUGCAGCCAGGGGCGCGGCCGAAGGGAUUGAUGCGAGUGACAUUCCGGAGUUGGAGUAUGAUGCCGAAGGGGUCAAGGGGAUGGCGGAAGGGCUGUUGAGAGGGAGAAGAGGGUUGGGUGAGAGAGUUGUCGCUGUUGGGGUGUUGGAGGAGAGGUGGGCGAGGGGUGUCGGGGAGGCUGGGGAGAGUACGUUGGUUGGGAAGGUCGUGAGGGAGUUGAGGAGUUUGGUUGAAGGUGGGGCACCGCCGAUUUGA